AUGGCAACAGAGAGUGCCUUUGUUCAACCAGCAGUGCCGAGGUUCGAUGGUCACUACGAUCAUUGGGCAAUGCUCAUGGAAAAUUUUCUUCGAUCAAAGGAGUACUGGAAUGUGGUAGAAAAUGGAGUUUUUCCAGCAGCAAAGGGUGUGACUUUAACUGAGGCACAAAAGAAAAUUUGUGAAGAGCAGACGUUGAAGGAUCUCAAAGCUAAGAAUUAUUUGUUUCAGGCGUUAGAUCGUUCCAUUUUGGAGACUAUCGUCAACAAAGAUACGUCAAAGAGUAUUUGGGACUCUAUGAAGCAUAAAUAUCAAGGAACAACGCGAGUAAAGCGUGCUCAUCUACAGGCUUUGCGAAAGGAGUAUGAAAUUGCUCACAUGAAGGAAGGAGAAUCUGUGAAUGAGUACAUUGCUCGUGUUCUUGUCAUCACCAACAAGAUGAAAGCCAAUGGUGAAGAAUUGAAAGAUGUUGCUGUUGUGGAAAAUAUUCUGAGGUCAAUGACACCUAAGUUUAAUUAUGUCGUCUGUUCAAUUGAAGAAUCUAAUGAUACAAGUAUUUUGUCAAUUGAUGAGCUGCAAAGCAGUUUGCUCGUGCACGAACAACGCAUGAGUAACACUGUACAUGAAGAACAUGCACUGAAGGUGACCCAUGAAACCAAUAUGCAGGACAAGGAAGAGGACGUGGGAGCGUUGGAGGCAGAGGCCGUGGAAGAAACAGACAAAGCUUUGACAAAGCAACUGUGGAGUGUUAUGCUUGUCACAAGCUUGGUCAUUUUCAGUGGGAAUGCAAGAAAGGAGUGGCCAAUUUUGCAGAGAGUCAAGUGGAGAGUGAAGAACACAUGCUGCUGA